AUCCAUAUCUAUAGUAAUACAUCACCACAAACAAAAACCAAUAUAUCUACACAACUUAAUUAGUUCUCAUCAAACAAAUACUCUUUUAAUAUUCUUCAAUGGCUUUUUCAUCUUCAUCAUCUUGCUUCUUCACUUCUCCAAAUUUUAACACCAUAAAUCAACAAGAAUCAUCAUCAUCACCAUUCAUGCGACCAACUUCUUCGGUCAAAUUCGCGAGUCGUAUUUCAGCGAAUUUUGCAACAGCAGAACGUACCACGUCGGGCAACAUAUUAAGAAGUACACGUAUCGGUAAUUCUAAUUCGUUGUACGACGUGUUAGGGAUAGAAAUGGGAGCCGAUACAAUAGAGAUCAAGGCAGCCUAUAGAAAAUUGGCAAGAGUCUUGCAUCCAGAUGUUGGAAACAAUGAUUCAUCAGCGGAUGAGUUUAUGAAGGUGCAUUCUGCUUAUGUUACGUUAUCUGAUCCUGGAAAACGAGCUGAUUAUGAUAAGAGUUUGUUUGGGAGACAGAUGGGUAUAACAAUUAGGACUAAUUCAUCGCGUGUCGGAUAUACCCGUGCAGCUGGGUAUAGUGGCAGGAGAUGGGAAACUGACCAGUGUUGGUAGAUACGCACGGUCAUUAAGUUAUAUAUGUAAAUAUUUAGAAGAAACAAAACCGUGUUAGUUGUUCAAUAUGUUUUUUAAGAUUAUUACGUUUUCUCUCUAUAAAAUGCGGAUAUUUUUUUUA